UAGGGGAUUUACCGCACCUUAUUCCGAACUUUAGUUUAUAUUGAUUUGAGCGGGAGUCGGGCGGAAAUCAAUCCAAAGACAGAGAGGAUUAUUUCGAAAGAUUUUGAUCGUUCGACCUUGGAAAUUUUGCAAAUAUAGAUGGCUCGUACGAAGCAAACUGCUCGCAAGUCCACGGGAGGAAAGGCACCCAGGAAGCAGCUCGCUACCAAGGCAGCUCGUAAAUCUGCACCGACCACCGGAGGUGUGAAGAAACCUCACAGAUACCGUCCAGGAACUGUUGCCCUCCGUGAAAUUCGCAAGUACCAGAAGAGUACGGAGCUCCUUAUCAGGAAACUUCCGUUCCAGAGGCUUGUUCGUGAAAUCGCUCAGGACUUUAAAACGGAUCUCCGUUUCCAAAGCCACGCUGUGUUGGCCUUGCAGGAGGCGGCCGAAGCAUACCUAGUGGGACUGUUUGAAGACACUAACCUCUGUGCCAUCCAUGCCAAGCGAGUCACGAUCAUGCCCAAGGACAUCCAGUUGGCUCGUAGGAUCCGUGGUGAGAGGGCCUGAAGCUGGUGUUUGAUCUACCAUCAACAAUGGUGUUGGCUGGGAGGUGUUGCUACUGUUUUGUUCAUUUUUUUUUUUAAAUCUUUUUUAAGAAAUAGGACUUAAAACAAGUUGUAGUAAGUGAAUACAAUGAUGACUCUUCCGUGGUACAUAUGGUGGUGUGAUGUGCAGUUUAACAUGGAUGGAGUUUACAAUUUUUUUUGGAACUUGGUGUAGAUUGUUCUGUCUAAUKUGUUGAAACCGAUUUUCCAUUUCCUUGUC